AAAACAGAGAGAGAAAGACACAUAGACACACAAAAACAAAAUCAAUCAGUUUCUCUUAUAUUUUUCCACUGUAGAAAGUUUUCUAAUGCUUCUUAAACAAGAAUAAUGGAAUGAGAACACACUACACUUCCAACUGAACUUUAAUCAUGCUGUCAUCACCUUUCUACCUAUUCUUAUACUCCUUGUCUCUUCUUGACAAGAUCAUUCAUUCAUCAAACCAAAAUAACUGACAUUUUCCCAGGAAACUUUUUGGUUUCUUUGGAAACUCAAAAAACAAAAAAACAAAAAAAAUGGUGUCUUCUUCUUGCUCUUCUAAGAUACUCAUUGGCAUCUCUUUGGACCCAAAUGAGAGCAAAGAUUUGCUCUCAUGGGCAAUCACACUUCUUGCUCAUCCAAAUGAUGCUAUUGUUGCUGUUCACAUUCUUGUUGGCAAGGAGAGAAAGAAGUGUCAAGUGUCAACCGAGUUUCAAUUGCGGCUUCGCAGAGCUAAAGCGUUUGUUAUAUCUGUAUUGGGAGAGUUUGCCAGGACCUGCCAAUUCAAACAGGUUAAUUUGGAGGCUAGAGUUGGCUUUAGCUCCAAAGUAGGAAGAGGUCUAAUCAAGGAAGCAAAUUCUGUUUCAGCAGACUAUCUUAUUAUUGGAGGCUCAAGAAGCAGAUCAAAUAGACCUACAAGCAUUGCAAGAUAUUGUCUUAGAAAUUCCCCAAAUGGCUGCACACUUGUUGUAUUUGGGAAAUGUAUGCUGCCACAACAAAGUUCAGACUCAGAUUCUGCUCACUCCAAAGCAGAAAGUGUAAAACCAAGUUCAUGGUGGACAAAAAGUAACACAGCUAUCUCUCCAGCCAAAAAAUCAGAAUCGAAGAGCAAAAAUAGCUCACCGAGAACUGUGCUAGAUGAAAUCGAAGUAGAGUAUCAAAGCACAGAAGAUGAGACACUCAGUUGUGGAGAUUCAAGCAUCACAGAUUCAACUUCUGUGACACCAAACUUUACUAAGAAAUCCAAACAAAGCAAGCAAAGUUUCUCACCAUGCAGGCUUAUGUUUUCUUUUAUUGGCUCAUCAUUUAGGAGAAGAAACAGCAAGAAAGAAAUUAAAAAGCCUUUGUUAAAGUGCUUUAACUAUGAGGAAAUCAUGAAUGCCACAAACAACUUCAACCCAGAUAAUAUAGUAGGGCGAGGAGGGUACUCUGAGGUUUACAGAGGUGAUCUUUCUAAUGGACAAACCAUUGCUGUGAAGAGAUUAGCUAAGGACAACAAAGAUGCUAAGAAGGAGAAAGAGUUUCUAAUGGAGUUAGGCAUAAUUGGCCAUGUUUGCCACCCUAAUACAGCUAGUUUAGUUGGAUGCUGCAUUGAGAAUGGUCUUUACUUGAUCUUCAAUUUUUCUCAGAAUGGGACUUUGGCAUCUGCAUUGUAUGGUAAUGAAGACACCACUCUUGAUUGGCCAAUUCGAUACAAAAUCGCCAUUGGAGUGGCCAGAGGCCUGCACUAUCUUCACAAAUGUUGCAAACACCGCAUAAUACACCGUGACAUAAAAGCUUCAAAUGUCCUCCUUGGACCAGACUAUGAACCACAGAUUACUGAUUUUGGACUGGCAAAAUGGCUACCUAACAAGUGGACUCACCAUGCUGUGAUCCCAAUUGAAGGGACAUUUGGAUACUUAGCACCAGAGUAUUUUAUGCAUGGAAUUGUUGAUGAGAAAACUGAUGUUUUUGCUUUUGGAGUUCUUCUCAUGGAGAUUGUAACUGGUCGUAGGCCUGUGGACUCUUCUAAGAGAAAUCUUCUUGUUUGGGCAAAACCUCUAAUGGAGUCAGGAGACAUUGCCAAUCUAGCUGAUCCAAUGAUGGAAGGCAAAUAUGACUCAGAGCAACUCCAUAGGCUAGUGCUCACUGCUUCUUAUUGUAUCAGGCAAUCCUCAAUUUGGCGUCCCUCCAUGAAUGAGGUGUUGGAGCUAUUGACCAAUGGCCAUGAUUCUGAGGUUGUAAGAAGCUGGAGAAUCCCAAAGUUUACUUCUGAUGAGUUAGAUGACUACUCCAUGGUUAAUGGUUAUCAAGUUCCAACAGAUGAAAUUUUAGAGGAUUCUUUGAGUUUGACUAUGUAGUCUAUUUAUUUUAUUUUAUCUUAUUUUAUUAUAUUAUAUUAUAUUGGGAUUUUGCUAGUGUUUUAGAGGUUUUAACUUCAUGUCACAAGAGGGUCAUGGUUGACUAAGUAAUAGAACAAAUGUAUGGCUCCAAUCCAAGCUCAUCUCAUUAUCAGAAAAGUUCAUGGCCUUAAUUACUUAUGCUUGGAAUCUAAGAGUAAUAGAGCAAAGUAUAUCAAGUUUUUAUAUUA